AUGAACGUGAAAGGCAAGGUGCAAAUAUCUUUAGAAGCUCCAGGAGAAAGAAUUUUAUACAAUGAUCGCAGAAAUAAUAGUGACAUUAGACGUGAAGGCAUAGGUCGCCAAUUAGGUCCUAAUCUUCGUGACCACGAAGUAAGUAGUUGUAAAUUUCUUAAUCACAACUUCGAUGAUUGGGAUCUUCGUACGAUACCAAGAAGUCGUGAAAGAAAAAGGCCAGAACAUGAUAGGCCAAGAUCGGAUCGAGAUAGAGAGCGAAAUGAUCGUGACAGGAAUGCAUCAAUAUCUCGCGAACGUCAAUUAAGCCGUGUUGUCCCAUCACGAGAGUGUACAAAUCAAUAUCUUAUCCACAACAUGAGCGGGUUUGAGUAUCCAGAAUUGGAAACACGACAAAAAUUUUCAUUUGGGUUUAACAAAGACUUUGAGAGAGAUGAACUUCAAGGUAUAGGACCUACAUACGGUAAUUGGCGUAAUAGAAAUAGAUCAACAUCCCCUUCACCUAGAUCUUCUGUAACAAGUUCUUCAUCUUUUACGCGUCAUCGAACAAGAUCACCAGUACCUAAUAAAUUAGAUAUUACAAAGUCAGAAGAACCGACAAAUUUAUCACCAACAAAUAUUCAUAGUCGAUCAAGGCCUCCAUCAAUUAAAUCAGCAGCGUCACCACACCGUUUCGAGAUAGAGCAAUCGUCUGUAUUUAUGCGACUUCAAAAUCGCGAUGAGAAAUCAUCAAUCGAUGAUAAUUCAUCAUCUUGCAGAGAAAAAAUGCAGUAUACACCUGAAUAUAAGGACGAGGAGACCAAUUUCAGCAUAGAAAGUAUCCAGGAAAUAGAAAACUCUAGUCAAUCAAAUAUUGGCAAUGAAAAAGGUGGUUGGACUGGUUGGCAUAGUCUAGAAAGGAGAGAAGUUGAACAAAGCCAAAGAAUGGAAGAAUCUAAAUUAAUAAAAGAACAAGAACUGUUACAAUCUUGCUCUCAAAACAAUGACACAAGUCUUGAAGAAUCGGAUGCACAAAUUGAGAAGUUUCGAAAUAACAUAACAGAUAGUGAUGGAGAACCUACAUUAAACCAUAUUGAGUCAAAUAACGUCGUUAUUAGUUCGACUACAGCUAUAUGCGAUAUAGUACAAAACUCAACGAAUGAAAAUACAAAUGUCGGUAUUCAUACUCGAAUUAUUGAGGCUCCCGGUCUGGACGGUGUGCCAAUAUCUCAACACAUUAAAACCGAGGAACUCAGUAAUUCAGGGGAGGAGAGACCAAAAUUCCAAAGUUUAUUCGAAGAACUAGAAUAU